GGUACCAGAGAAUCAUUUUGCCAGGUCUUAUUAUUAGAUGUACCGUAAAUACCAAGACCGAUUACAGCGAUCACGAAUGCAGUUAAGAUGGUGACAAUUAUUAUGAUCGCGCAGAAUCGUAGGUGACGUCGCGAUCUGAAAAAUCAUUAGGGAGCUCGCAUUUGACACGUUUGACAAUACUUUCGAAAAUCCAACAAAUCAACUAAUGAAAUUCGUUGAGAGAGGAGACUACGGAUCUACAGAUUUCUUCGGAUCUCUAUCAAAUUAACACAAGAAUCAAAAUUGAGAAAACUACAGAGAAAGAAAAGUUGAUUCUACCGAUAAAUUGGCGGCCUGUAUCUUACCAACUCAAGGAAAUUGCAUCGCAAGAAUAGCUGCAGUGAGGAGAAAAGAAGUCAUCGAGUCACUUGUAUUGAAUAAAAAACUGAAUAAUGAACGGACAUUUGCGCUACACAAAAGAUAUUUUAAAUCGUCUUACGAUGAAACAAAAGCUGUUCUACGAGAAGAAUGGAUAUUUAGUAUUUCCUGGCCUCAUACCGCAAGAUGUGAUCGAUGAAUGCCAUAAAAGAUUUGAUGAUAUUGUCGAAGGUAAAGUUCCACGAGACGGAAUCACAGUGAUGUAUGAUAUAAAGGAUAGGAAGUCGGUAAAUAAAAUACAAGACAUAAAUCGGGAUCCGAUAUUCUGUCAUUAUAUCGAGCAUAAGAAAAUCCUCGACAUAGUUGAAUGCUUUACGGGACCAAACAUUUUAGCGAUACACAGUAUGCUCAUCGCGAAGCCGCCCGACAUUGGAUUCGGAAGUUCAAGACAUCCACCGCACCAAGAUCUAUACUAUAUGCCGAUACGUCCGGCCGAUCGUAUAGUGGCCGCAUGGACAGCCAUGGAAUCAUGUGACACCAAAAACGGAUGUCUUUAUGUAGCGCCUGGAACACACACCGCGGGACGUAUAUACCAACACAGUUAUCCUUUAAAUUCAGAUGGCACGAUAAACAAGUUUUAUCACGGAGUACAGGAUUUGCCUUCAAUCGAUCGAUGGGUGAAUCUCGAGAUGCAAACAGGCGACACAGUAUUCUUCCAUCCGUUACUUAUUCACGGAUCCGGCAUCAACAAAUCCAAGAGGACGAGACGGGCCAUUUCCUGUCACUAUGCGACAGUAGAUUACAGUGUGGCCGAUGACGAUCCAAUUCAGGACACCAUCAGAAAUGAAAUCUUGGAUUACGCGAAGAAAAAAUAUCCCGACGUGGAUUUAACGUAUGCAGAUAUAUGGCGUUUCAAAUCUACGCUUGUGCGCGGUGUUCAAUCUUCUUUUUAAACGUUUAAAGAUCAAACUAUUGUAUCUUAAAACAGGGAUAAUUGUCAGAUAAUAAGAAUUAAAUGUAAACAUA